UUCCUUCUUCCUUUUGUCAGCAAACAGUUCACUCUCCCUUGGACCUGCUAUCUGCAUCGUGCAGCAACAUUACACUUACAUUAUGGGAAGCGGCGCCUCAACCCAACAUCCUUUUGCUUUCCAGAAUGCAGAGAAAGCCUUCAAGGCAGCGGCCCUGAUCCAGAGAUGGUACCGGCGCUACAUGGCCCGCCUGGAGAUGAGGCGGCACUGCACCUGGAGCAUCUUCCAGUCUAUAGAGUAUGCUGGGCAGCAAGACCAGGUUAAGCUCCACAAUUUCUUCAGCUACCUUGUGGAUCACUUCACCCCCAGCAGUCACAACGAGAGGGACUUCCUGAACCGCAUGUUCACUGAGGAGAGAUCCCCCCAGGACUCCAAGAUGGAGAAUUGCAGGGACUAUGAAUCCAUCGAGGUACCGGACAGUUACACAGGGCCACGCCUCUCCUUCCCGCUCCUUCCUGACCACGCAACUGCUCUGGUGGAAGCUUUCAGAGUGAAACAAAGGCUCCAUGCUCGCUAUGUCUUGAAUCUUUUGUAUGAAGCCAGGAAACAUCUGGUACAACUGCCAAACAUCAACCGGGUCUCCACUUGUUACAGCGAGGAAAUCACAGUAUGUGGAGAUUUACACGGCCAGUUGGAUGACUUAAUAUUUAUAUUUUAUAAGAACGGCCUCCCAUCGCCAGAGCGGGCCUAUGUGUUCAACGGCGACUUUGUGGAUCGAGGGAAGGAUUCAGUAGAGAUCCUGAUGGUUCUUUUUGCCUUCAUGUUGGUUUACCCAAAAGAGUUCCAUCUCAACCGAGGAAACCAUGAGGACCAUAUGGUGAACUUACGAUAUGGUUUCACAAAGGAAGUGAUGCAUAAAUAUAAGACACAUGGCAAGAAAAUACUAAAACUACUGCAAGAUGUGUUCUGCUGGCUUCCGCUGGCCACUCUGGUUGAUGAGAAAGUCCUGAUUCUUCAUGGUGGAGUGUCAGACAUGACUGACUUGGAGUUCUUGGCCAAACUAGACAGGCACAAGAUUGUUUCCACCAUGAGGUGCAAAACGAGAAAGGAGCGUGAGAAACAGGCGGAGGAGAAGGGAAAAGCCAACCAGACGAGCUCUGCCGGGAGACCCUCCCCGUGGUUUCUCCCCCAAAGCCACUCUCUCCCCGCCUCGCCCCUCCGCCCCAGCACCCACAGAGCCGGGCGCUCCUCCAGCGUCCCCUGCACGGUCCUCCUGGACCCCAAGGAGCUCUCCCAUUGGGCGCGGCACUCCAUGGACCUGGAGCUGGAGAGGUGUCAGCAGCAAGCGGGCUUCCCAGGGAUCAAGGAGGAGGAGCCCUUGCCCUUGGCAUCCGAAGCGGACUCGGAAGCUGAGGGGCGGCCGGAACCCACUCAGGAGGAGUGGAGGCAGGUGGUGGAUAUACUGUGGAGUGACCCCAUGGCUCAGGAGGGCUGCAAGGCCAACACCAUUCGAGGAGGUGGCUGUUAUUUUGGGCCUAACGUGACAGAACGGUUGCUACAGAAAUACAAUCUGCAAUUCCUGAUCCGCUCGCACGAGUGCAAACCCGAGGGCUAUGAAUUCUGCCACAGCCGCAAGGUGUUAACCAUCUUUUCUGCCUCCAACUACUACGAAGUUGGCAGUAACAGAGGAGCCUAUGUCAAACUAGGGCCGGCCUUGACCCCACACAUUGUGCAGUUUCAAGCUAACAAGGCAACCCACACGCUUACCAUGAGGCAAAGGCAAGACUUUUCAAUGAAUGAUUUUCAGAAAGACAGAAUUAUAGUGUUUGUGGAAACUUUGAAGUGCAAAUGUCAUUACAUUUAUCCAAAUUCUAAGUCAGAGUUCAAAAUUUAGCUGUGUCAGCAGUAGGACCUAGAAUAGACAUUAAAACAGGGCCUCUUCUUUCUCCUCCAUACACUCUAAAAUCUCCACCUACCCAUCAUUAAUGGAAGGGACAAAUUUGCUUCCUGCAGAAAUUAUUCCCCGUGCAUAUGUCUUGGGUGAAAUCCAUAUACCAGGCCACUAAAUCUUUCUAGGGUCACUCUUCCUUUUUCUUUCAUCCUUAAAGUGUUUGUGUUAACUGGUAAACCACAGACAAAGGUUCUUUCACUAUCUGGGGAUUUAGCAGAUGGAUUUCAGUGCACCCAUUUGUUAACAAUGCUCCUUUCUUCCUGGGAAGAGAGCAUAUAAUAUUACUUAAAUGGUUUCUGUUGAGAUGAUUCUGAGUUCUAAUCUUAGUUGAGAGCUUACUAUACACUAAGUGUUAUUGUAAAGAAUUUAUAUAUUGUUUCACGAUGAGCUUAUGAAAUACACAGCAUUACUAAUUUCAGUUUUAUAGAUGAGAUCAUUAAGGAACAGAGAGGUUAAAUCAGUGGCCAUUGGUCACACAGCUAGUAAGUGGUG